GUGCUAAUAACGACAAUGAUAGCGUUAGUUUUCCGGUCACGACAGUUUUGAUUCGAAAGGUCAUGAGGACGUGCAGCGACAUCGAAAUACGACUCUUGACUGUUUUGGGAGUCGUCAAACAGCAGAACCUACUUAACUUUAGCAAGCAGGUGUAUUUGUGAAGACUGUUCAGUACCUGGAAAAAACGUCAGCUUAAGGACUGCUAAGUGCUAAUUAAGCUGCUCUUUGAUACCUGACCCACUACGAGGGAAUGGAGCAGGCCAAACAAGAUGCAUUUGAUAAUGCCAGACUCCAAGUGAUCAAAGAUGGCUAUGAAAGUGCCUUUCAGUGCAUCAAUCAAGGACUAUCAGCAGAUGAAGCUGGAGAAAAGUCGCAAGCUCUGGAGCUCUACAAGCGAGGUCGACAGCAUCUUCUCAGGGGCAUUAGUGUGCCUUCUCGGGGAGAGGAGUGUGUUGGCAGCUCAUGGGAAUCAGCCCGACAAAUGCAGCAGAAGAUGCAGGAGACACUGAACAACAUCACCACACGCCUUGCAGUGCUGGAGACCAGCUAUGACCUUACAUCUGCAACCACAAAGAGCUCCAGUGGUGCAGAUAUGUCUGCAGGAGAUCUCUACCCAAAGCUCGGCACUAAAGAAAAGCCCGAAAGGCCAGCCCCACCAAGGCCAGCCCCACCAAGCCAGGCUGCAGCAGCUGUAGGUGGCAUGGCUGCAAGCCAUAGCCCAGUGGUUCAAGUCGAACAGCCCCCAGCUUACUCUCCUCAGGCUGCUGAUGGCCAUGUUUCUAUCUCUUAUGGGACAGAAUCAGGGGAGAUGUCACUGGUUGGGGAUGAUUUCUACAGUCGUACAUCUACCUCCACAUCAUCUCCCCAGAGCAUGGGUGAAGAUGGAGAGGAGCUGCUGUACAUCCCUUAUGGCGUUCAGAUAUUCUUCGUCACACCUGAGGGGCAAGUAAGCGCCCCAUCAUACCCUGGCUACCUGCGGCUAGUGAAGUUUACCAGUGAUUUCUCUGAUAGGAUUCCCAGGAGGCCGCCAGCAUUUCUGCAGGUGUGUGACUGGCUCUACCCUCUGAUGUCUGUGGAUUCCCCAGUGCUACUGUGUAACACUGGGGUUUUUAUGUUUCCGGACAUGAUGGCGCCAGGUCCAGGUUACUAUGUGGGGGUGGUGUUGUCGUCUGAGCUCCCUGCAGCAGACAGAGACUCUUUUAAGGACCUGCUAUCCCAGAUGACAGAUCUCAGGGUUCAGUCCCCAGAUGAAGCUGCAGAUUCAGUUAAUCUUAGUCAGAAGGUGUCCAUUUCUGCACCUGAGGAGACACAACCAGCAGAGACCGAAGAGGAGAAUGGUUUGCCUGAAUGGAGUGAAAAGGUGGCAAAUGGGAUCUUAACUGGUGCAUCCUGGUUAAGCUGGGGUUUGGUCAAAGGUGCUGAGUACACAGGCAAGGCUAUUCAAAAGGGGGCGUCUAAACUCAGGGAACAUAUCACUCCAGAGGACAAGCCCACCGAUGUCGGCCCCACUGUAACCAAAAGCCUCUAUGUGGCAAAGCAAGCAACAGGAGGAGCUGUUAAAGUCAGCCAGUUUCUAGUGGACGGGGUGUGUACUGUGGCUAACUGUGUUGGUCGAGAGUUGGCUCCUCAUGUGAAAAAACAUGGAGGCAAGCUGAUUCCUGAGUCCAUGAAGAAAGAUAAGGAUGGGCGCUCGAACAUCGAUGGAGCAAUGGUGGUAGCUGCCAGUGGAGUGCAAGGAUUUGCCACUGUGUGGAAUGGUCUGGAAGUAGCAGCUAAGGACAUCACCACAAAUGUUGCAGCAGAAACGGUCACCACCAUGAAACAUAAAUAUAGAGGUCUACAAAACAUCUUUGACACAUCUAAUGAGAAGAACAGUACGGCAGCGCGGCAGGACAAGCCACAGACAACGCGGUCAAUUCUGCCAUUAAUGUCGGUAUUACUGCCUGCAAUAUUGACAACCUGGGGAUCAAAGCUGUGGUUAAAAGAACUGGAAAGCAAACGGCGCAGGCCAUUUUGGAAGACUACAAGCUUCAGGAAAAAACGCAGAAUGAGAAGGAAGUGGAGAAAUUGAAGAAAUAGCUGCUGGGAUCCUGCCUCGUUUUCUUAACAAUGCCUUAAAACGUAUUUACUAAUCAGAGUAGUCUAUAUUUAAUAUUCAUUAUUUAUAAGAGUAGGUCGCUACUGUGAUAUGCAUAUUCUACAGAUUGGUAUAGCCCUCAAGCACUUUAACAUUUUUAUAAUAUACAACAGAUGGAUCAAAAUCUAGAAAAUGGAAACCAAACUUUUAAGCACAAUACACAAUAAAUAUUUAUUUUUAGGGCAAGAUUUUACAAAUUCACUAGAUAGUUAAAAACACCAAAUAUUUGUGUGGUAUCAGAUCCAAUCUGUAAGAAAACUGUAUUUUAUUUCAGUUGAUUGAUCAGCUACAAUGUUUUUUGUCUGUGGAGUUUACCUCUUAGUGUGCAUAUAAACAAUAUUUUAAAAGUCUAACAUGCUGGAUAAACUGAAAGUGUAAAGUUUCUCUGUACUCAUCUUUUUGUUUAAUCUUCCAUAAAGAGCAUUCCUGCAGUAUACUACAGUGAUUAAAAUAUUGCCUCACCUGAAUGUAUGAAAAGUCCAAAUCUAAAAAUGACUGAUAUUUGUAUUGGCAGCUGUAAAAACACCUUUUGUUGUGCAGCUUUGCUGCAGACAUCCUGAAAAUGUUACUUUAAAUGGUAAUCAAGGUUUCUUCUGUGUGAGAGGUGAACAAAAUAAAAUGAAAUGAAUGUGUGAUUCCAA